UGUACCUAUCAGGUUUCACAGGCUACAAAUACUCCUCAUGGACCAGAACAGGAACAUCUACCAACGAGAACAGACUGCAGCCGAAGAGUCAUAAAAAUAAAAAUAAAAGCAAGACAGGACAAGCUUUACUGCAAAUAUGAGUGACGUCUUGGACAUUCAGCGUUGUGAUCUGAACAUUGAGAACAACAACCGCAGCCAUCACACGGAGCUGAAUGGAGUGGAGCGACUGAUCGUCAGGAGGGGCCAAACCUUCACCAUCAUUUUGUACCUAAAACCUGACAGCCCAGAGUUUAGAAUUGGCCGGACAAAACUUACUCUCAUCGCUGAAACUGGACCUUCACCCAGAAGGCAAUCAGACACAAAGGUUUCCUUCAGUGUUGGUGACUCCACAGUGGACACUGAAUGGAGUGCUUCUGCCAUAACUGAUCCCAGUGGAAAUACAGUGUCUGUGUGCAUCAAUUCCUCCCCUGAUAGUCCUAUAGGACUUUAUUCUUUGACCCUCACCCAGGGAAAACAGGAGACCAAUUUGGGACAGUUUGUUUUGCUCUUUAAUGCAUGGUGUUCCAAUGAUGCUGUCUACAUGCGCAAUGAGAAGAAACGGCAAGAGUACGUCUUGGCCCAGACAGGGCAGGUCUACAGGGGAACACACAAACGUAUCAGAGGAAAACCCUGGAACUUUGCACAGUUUGAACCAGGAAUCCUGGACAUAUGCCUGAAGAUUCUGGAUGAGAAUCCCAAAUUUCUGUCAAAUGCUGACAAAGACUGCUCUGAAAGGAAGAAUCCAGUCUAUGUGACCAGAGUGUUGAGCGCCAUGAUCAACAGUAAUGAUGACAAUGGUGUGCUGGUGGGAAAUUGGGGAGAGAUAUCAGAUGAUGGAGUUCGUCCUACAAAAUGGAUCGGCAGUGAGGACAUUUUGCGCCAGUGGGCAGAAAGUGGUCCCGUCCGCUAUGGACAGUGUUGGGUAUUUGCUGCCGUUGCAUGCACAGUGUCCCGAGCUCUGGGCAUCCCAUGUCGUGUGGUCACUAACUUUGGAUCAGCUCAUGACGUUGAUGCCAACUUACUGAUAGAAAUGGUCUACAAUACUGAUGGGGAAAGAAUUUCUCAUGGUGAUUCAAUAUGGAAUUUUCAUGUUUGGGUGGAAAGCUGGAUGACACGUCCAGACCUGGGCAUUAAGUAUGAUGGGUGGCAGAUCAGUGACCCCACGCCACAGGAAACAAGCAAUGGUGUUUUCUGCUGUGGACCGGCCUCACUGACCGCCACCAAGGAAGGAGAACUGACCACAGUGUAUGACACUCCCUUUGUUUUUGCUGAGGUUAAUGCAGAUGUGGUGACAAAGCUGCAGCUGUCAACCGGGAAGAUUUUGACUGUCCGUGAGUCCACUUCAUCAGUAGGACGUUCUAUCAGCACCAAAGCUGUGGGCUCAGACGAAAGACGUGACAUCACACAUAAGUACAAGUAUCCAGAAGGCUCAAAAAAGGAAAGGCAGGUGUACGAGAAGGCCCAGCACCACAACAAGCUACAGCAGAGAGGGGAAAAACCUGGACUCAACCUCAAAAUCAAGCUUAUUGACAACAUGGUCAUGGGAUCAGACUUUGACGUCUAUGCUCUGCUUAAAAAUAACAACAUGGAGUCCAAAACCUGCAAUGUAAAGAUCUUCGCCAAAGCUGUGCAAUACAAUGGCAAACGAGGAAAGCCCUGUGGAUACGCUUCAGGCAAACUAGAGGUGCCACCUGGAGAAGAAAGACGCCUUCCCCUCAGACUGAUGUAUGACACCUAUGGUCCAGUGAUCACAUCAGACCUGAUGAUCCAGGUGUCCAGCAUCACCUUUGAUGAAUCAUCCAACUACCACAAGGCAGAAAAGACCAUCGUACUGGACGAGCCAGAAGUAGAGAUCAAGCUGAUGGGACGGGCCAGAGUGAAUAAGCCAGUGACUGCAGAGCUGAGAAUAAAAAAUACUUUACCAGAGCCACUGAAGAACUGCAGCUUCACCGUAGGGGGCAUCGGCCUUACAAAAGGGAAAUCCAUAUUAGUGAGCGUUGGAGAUGUGAGUGCAAAAGAAGAAGCCAAAGGCAGUGUUGUGUUGAGACCCACCAUCGUUGGCUCCACUCUGCUGCUGGUGAAUUUUAACAGUGAUAAACUGAAGAACAUCAUGGGAUUUGCCAAUGUUGAAGUGAUGGACUGAGUCCAUCUGUGGGUCAGACAACUAGAGAUGGCCGAUAUUAACUUUUUGCCAAUAUCCGAUAUGCCGAUAUUGUCCAAACACCUAAUUUCUGAUUCUGAUAUCAACUGAUAACGAUAUAGCCGGGCAGUAGAGCUAACUAUGGUGAUUGGUUAAAACAGUGUUUCUUAUCUAAUUAUUUUCUGCCCCCUAGAGGACAGAAUUACAAUACUAUUGAGUGC